GCGCUCAUAUAAAUAAACAAAUUCAAUGUUAAAAGGACACAAAUGAGAUAAUCGAUUUUUUCAUUCAGUUUGAAGGUUACUCAAUGUUGAAAUGCAUUUUUGUUCGACCGCAAUGAGAUUCACCCUUACCGGCAGAUUAGCUUCCGAAACAAGUUUCUGUGUUCUACGAUGCAUUCAAUGUUUUCAUUCAUUCAAUCUUGGAUUAUUGAAAAGAGAAAACCGGACACUUCAUCAGUUGACCUUCAAAUCUUUGGAACCGUCAUCCAAUCGCUGCAAGUCUGAAAUCAUCAGCGUUCAUUCGUCGACUGUCAGAUGCAAUAAGAGGUUCACCGCUUCGUUUGGUUCAAGUAACCGAAGAUCCACUAUGUCUGCUUGUCAAGAUUUAACCAUGGAUCAGCUGGGCCAGAAGCCAACAGGAGAGCCGCACUGCCCUGCCUCAAGCAGCGGAAUCGAUAGACUUCAGGAUCCUGCUCUAAAUAAAGGUCUCGCCUUUUCCAGAGAAGACAGACAACGUCUGGGAAUCCAUGGCCUACUACCGCCAAGGGUCAAGUCUUUCGAACAACAGGUGGACCACGCAAAGAUCCUGCUGGACCGCUAUGAGAAAGACAUAGACAAGUACAUCUACCUCAUGGGUCUCUUGGAACGUCACGAGAAGUUGUUCUUCAAACUUAUGGGCAAAUAUACCACAGAACUUCUACCUCUGGUCUAUACCCCCACUGUUGGUACCGCCUGUCAGAUGUUCAGCACCCUGUAUACCCAUAACAGGGGAAUGUACAUCACUAUCUACGACAAGGGACACGUCUACGACGUCUUGAAGAACUGGCCAGAACGCGACGUCAGGGCCAUCGUCGUCACCGACGGCGAACGCAUCCUGGGCAUCGGCGACCAGGGCAUGGACGGCAUGGGCAUACCCAUCGGCAAACUCUGCCUCUACACCGCCCUGGGCGGCAUCAAACCGCACUACUGCCUGCCUAUCACCCUGGACGUGGGCACCAACUCGCCCGCCAAGCUCGAGAACGAGCUCUACCUCGGCCUCAGGCAGAAACGAGUCACCGGCGAGGAGUACGACGAGUUCCUCGACGAGUUCAUGCGCGCCGUGGUCCGACGCUUCGGCAGGAACUGCCUGAUACAGUUCGAGGACUUCGGCAACAGCAACGCCUUCAGGCUGCUGGAGAAGUACAAGGACGGCUAUUGCACCUUCAACGACGACAUCCAGGGCACGGCUGGCGUCGCGGUGGCCGGCGUGUUGGCGUCCUUGAGGAUCACCAAGAAGAAGCUGGUGGAUAACGUGAUCGUCUUCCAGGGGGCUGGCGAGGCUAACCUGGGUAUUGCGGAGCUGUGCGUAAUGGCUAUGAAGGAGGAAGGUAUCAGCGAACAGGAAGCAAGACGCAAGAUAUGGAUGGUGGAUUCCAAAGGACUCAUCGUCAAGGACAGACCGGAAGGCGGUAUCAACCACCACAAGGCCGUCUACGCACACCCUCAUCCUCCCGUCAGAACCCUGGAAGAGGUGGUCAAGGAGAUCAAGCCCACGAUCUUAAUCGGCGCGGCGGCGAUGCCUGGAGCUUUCACUCCCGAAAUCCUGAGGGAGAUGGCCAGGAACAACGAUAGGCCCGUCAUAUUCGCCCUCAGCAAUCCCACGAAUAAGGCCGAAUGUACAGCUGAGGAGGCUUAUAAGUAUACGGAAGGAAGAUGCAUAUUUGCCAGUGGCAGUCCGUUUCCCCCAGUCGAAUAUAAGGGUAAAACCUUCACCCCGGGUCAAGGCAACAACUCCUACAUUUUCCCAGGAGUGGCGCUGGCAGUAAUCUGUUCUGGAAUGUUGACAAUCGACAACCAGACUUUCCUGAUUGCUGCAAGGACGCUGGCCAACAUUGUGCGAGAGGAAGAAUUGGAGUCUGGUUCCCUCUAUCCACCGUUGAGUACAGUUGUAGAUGUUUCCCUCAAAAUUGCUGUCGAGGUGGUGAAUUAUGCUUACAAACGUGGGUUGGCUAGCGUGCACCCAGAGCCAAAGGAUAAGGAGUGCUUCAUCAGGGAACAGAUGUACAGACCUGAAUAUGAGCAAACUUUCCCAUCAGUAUAUGCAUACCCUAAAUUGUAAAUUAUUUGUAUUUUAUUGUCUGUUAAAGAAUUAAAUGUAUUUAUUUAUUAUGGGCUAGGCUUGUAAGUUCUUGUAAUUUGUUAUUAGAUAAGUUGAAUCAA